ACGAUACCUGGUAAAUUCCGUUGUCGAGCGAAGCUUCCUCCUCCGCCCGCGUCCGAGGCGGUCGCCGCGGCGGCGGGAGUGGCUGCGAGGGAUAUCGGGGUCGGAAACCCCUCGGCGUCGGCGGAGGUUGACACUGGGCAGCGCAGGGAAAGAGCAGACAGUCCAUUCCCUCGGGAAUUCCGAUGUCGAGCGAAGCCUCGUCCUCAGCGGCGGCGGCGGCGGCGAGGGUGGCUGUGAGGGAUGAAAUCCCCUCGGCGUCGGCGGAGGUCGACAUCACCUACUGGGCGGCGCAGGAAGAGGCGGCGGCGCGGCUGGAGUCGAUGGCGGCGAGGGCUCGUGGGGAGGACGACCUCUCCGAGUCCGAGGAGCAGCUGCAAGCCAAUAAUCAACUGCAGGAAGACGAGGUAAUAGCACUGCAAGCUAUUUUUGGCGAUGACAUGGUGAUCUUGGAGAAUAAGGACAGUCUACGAUUUAUUCAGAUUUUUGUGCAUUAUACACUUCCUGAUGGUGGUAUCCGUGUGUUUUUGAAUCUUCAUCCAAGUGGAGCUAUGGUUGGGACUGAUGAUAAUGACAACCACAGUGACGGAGAACUCUGUUAUGCUUGUAGAUUGCAGCAUUUGCCACCUAUUGUGCUAACAUGUUUGUUGCCACGGUCAUAUCCAAGUAUAUGUGCUCCAUAUUUUACUAUCUCAGCUAAAUGGUUGGAUGAACCAAAAGUUUCAUACCUGUGUGCUGCGCUUGAUGAGAUAUGGGCUCAGCGGCCAGGGCAAGAAGUCAUAUACAGAUGGGUGGAUUGGCUGAAUAGCUCUUCGUGGUCUUUGAUUGCUUUGAAUGAUGAUAUAGUAUUAGAUCCAGAUACAACCUCAAAAUUUGGAGAUGAACGAGCUAUUGCGAGAAGAAUUUUAGUUGAUUCUACUAUUCCUCUUAUGCAGAGUCACAGUGAGAAGAGGUCUCAUAAGAUAUUUUUGCAAAGCCUUUUUGAAUGUGGAAUUUGUUUUAGUGAGGAUGCUGGCAUAAAUUUCAUCAAGCUCCCAUGCCAUCAUUUUUUUUGUGUGAAGUGUAUGGAGUCUCACUGCAAAAUUCAUGUGAAAGAAGGGAACUUAACGCAGCUGGCAUGUCCUGAUACAAAUUGCCGCAAUCCACUUCCACCAUCCGUGUUAAAAAGCCUUCUCCGAGAUGAUGGAUAUGCACAGUGGGAAUCAUUUGCUCUAAAGAAACUGUUAGAUACAAUGCCUGAUCUAGUCUACUGCCCCAGGUGUCAUACUGCUUGCUUGGAAGUUGACAAUGAUGCUCAAUGUCCAUGUUGUUUCUUUACCUUCUGCACUUUGUGCAAGCGGCGCCGCCAUGUGGGGGAUACAUGUAUUACUACAGAAGAAAAAAUUAGCAUUUUGAAGGAAAGACACAAAUUGUACUCCAUACCUAAGGAACAAUUGUUGAAAGAACAGAGGGAAAUAAAUGAGUUGAUAGAUAUCCAGGAAGCACUUCGUGAUGCUAAGCAAUGCCCCCGUUGUAAGAUUGCUAUCUCAAAAAUUGAAGGUUGCAACAAAAUGACAUGUUCGAACUGUGGGAGAUUCUUCUGCUAUCUUUGUAAUAAGGCAAUUGGAGGAUAUGAUCAUUUUUGGAACGGAAAUUGUGUGAUGUUUGAUGGGGACCAAGAUCAAAACCCGCAACAGCAGGGUGAUGAAAAUGAUGGUGACGCUGACGAAGAUGCUGAGCUCUUAGAGCCUGAAUGGGUGCGGUUAACUCAUCCUUGUCCAAACUGUGGCCAUCGGAAUGAAAAGCUGGGCACCAACAAUCAUAUACUUUGCCUGGGAUGCCGAGGCCAUUACUGUGCAUUGUGUCGGAAAAGGGUCUUCAGGGGCUCCCAACACUUUGGACCUAGAGGCUGCCAGCAACACACUGAAGAUGAUUGGUAGAGAUCUCAUUUGUCGAUCGCUGCCUACUCCAAUGCCAUACUCAUACCACUACUGUUGACACCCGCUUUUUAACCAAAAAUAGAGCUUUACUGUAGACAGACACCAUGUACCUGAUUUGAACGAAACAGGUCUUGUCUUGUAAUCAGUGAACAGUUCGAUUGUCUGGAUAAUGAUAAUCCAAUUUAUUCAUU